AUUGAGAUUGUAUUUUUUUUUUAUAUGAUGGCCUGAUGGGUAAAUCCAGUAAUAGAUUCUGACACUGUGAGGUGCCCUUUUUAAGGACCUUCACUUUACCAGCUCCAAAGAUGGACUCUGCAACUUUGGGAACGGGAUAUUCUUGUACCUUGACUGCUGGAUUCUCUAAAUGGAGGAACCCUAGCCAAAUCCCUAGAUCUAUUCAGUUCGUACGACACCAACAAAAUAAAAGAAAUCUCUUGUUCAAAUCUUUGAAAUGCGUUCUCAUCUCCCAUCCCAGUCUCGCCGCCGUCAGGCUUCGAAGCCUAGCUUCGGAGUUUACGGGGCUCACGGAGCCGAUUGAUCGCGUGAAACGUCUUUUACAUUACGCGGAGCUUCUCCCGCCGUUCGACGAGUCGGCUCGCGUGCCGGCAAACCGAGUCACGGGGUGUACGGCCGAGGUGUGGUUGGAUGUGAGGUUAGACGAGUUCGGGGGGACGAGGUUCGCAGUGGAUAGCGAUUCGGAGAUCACGAAGGGGUUCUGUUCUUGUUUGAUUCGGGUUUUGGACGGAGCUGCGCCGGAGGAGGUUUUGAAGAUGAAGGCGGAGGAUUUGAUGGAGAUGAACGUGGGAGUGGGAUUGGGAGUUAGGGCACAUUCCAGGGUUAACGCAUGGCAUAACAUAUUGACCAGUAUGCAGAAGCGGACAGAAGCUCUUGUUGCAGAGCGAGAGAGAAGGGCAGAGCCGCAAACUCAGGUUGUCUCUGGUUGAUAUGACCAGUAUGGAGAUUUUUUCUCUGGUUGUCUCUGCUGAUGAUAUGAGUCCCAAGGCCCAAACUCAGGUUUUCUAACUCCGUUUGAUGAUAAAUUUUUUUUUCUUGAAUUUUAUACUUAGAAUGACGCUCUGGAAGAAUGAUAAGCUUAGUUCCGUUCGGUUCAAGCCUCGCGAACCGAAAAAUAGCAGUGAAUGGAGCAAGUUUGUUUAUACCUCUGUAUACUGUGAUUAGCUUCACAGUAAAGGAAUUCUAUUAAUGGAAAUGAAUGAAUGAAAUUGGAUUUGGUUUCGUGGGAUUC